AUGGAAAGCAUCAGCUUGGAAACGGACUGGGACGCCUUAAGCCUCUCCUCUCUGGUGGCGCCGGCCAGCAACAACCGCACUUCCACGUCUGUCUUUGAGCUCAACACCCUCAACGGCUCCCACGGCGGAUCCUCCUUCUUUGGGAUCUUUCCGGAGAAUGGCUCCGACGCCACGCCGUACCCGCUGCCCCAACCCAGGGUGAGGGACCAGGGCCUGGCCCAGGCCGAGAUCGCCGUGCUCGGGGUGGUCCUGGCUCUCACCACGCUGGGCAAUGGUCUUGUCCUGUGGGUGCUGCUCAGGAGGAGGAAGCACAAUGCGCCCAUGCACGUCUUCAUGGUCAACUUGUGUGUGGCUGACCUGGUGGUGGCCUUCUUUCAGGUUCUUCCCCAGCUCAUUUGGGACAUCACAGACAAGUUCCAGGGACCCGAUUUCCUGUGCCGCUCCAUCAAGUACUUGCAGAUUGUGGGAAUGUUUGCGUCCUCCUACAUGAUCGUGGCCAUGACGGUGGACCGCCAUCACGCCAUCUGCUGCCCGCUGCAGGCUUACCGCAGCGGGGCAGUGCCCCGCUGGAACACGUCCGUUGUGGUGGCUUGGGGUUUGGCGCUCGUCCUCAGCCUACCGCAGGUGUUCAUCUUCUCACGCUCAGAAAUGAGUCCCGGGGAGUUUGAGUGCUGGGGUCACUUUGCUGAGGCGUGGGGGCUCAAGGCCUACAUCACCUGGAUGACGCUGGCUGUCUUUCUCCUGCCUGCCCUCAUCAUUACCGUCUGUCAGAUAAGAAUCUUCCGGGAGAUCCACAACAACAUCUACCGAAAGUCGGAGAGGAUGGUGAUGGCUGAGCUGAAGAGGAAAGAAAUCCUUUUCCCUUUCCACAGCUUUAAGAAAGAAGAUCGGGCCAGGGAAAGAGAAAGGGGGCGGCGGGCGUCCGGAGGCGGAGCUCAUCCGGGACUGCGCCUGAAGCCCGUGACAAACAAAAACACGUCCAAUAAAAGUCAAGCGGGAGACGCCGCGUUGAGAAGCGCGCCGUCGUCCGAUCAGCAGCAAGCCAACGGUCCCGAGUGCCACGAGUCCUGCACGGCGGCCCCCGGCUCACCUCGCUGCUCCCUCGAUUACGCCCCCCCUCGCUCCGAAGCGCCGCCGCCGCCCAGCAUCACCAAGGCCAUGUCCAAAACAGUCCGAAUGACGCUGGUCAUUGUGCUGGUCUACACUGUGUGCUGGUGCCCUUUCUUCAUUGUUCAGCUGUGGGCCGCCUGGGACCCCAACUCUCCCAAUCAAGGAGUGGCCUUCACCAUCAUCAUGCUGCUGGCCAGUCUCAACUCAUGCACCAACCCGUGGAUCUACACGGCCUUCUCCAGCAGCGUGUCCAGAGAGCUUCACAAUCUGCUACGCUGCGACUGGCCAGCCGGACGCCGCCGGGGCUCGCUGCCCGACGACUCCACCGCCACGCACACGUCCACCACCAAGGACAGCCAGUACUGACCCGGUGAGACAACCCCAGAGAAGCUCGCCUCGUCCUCCGGAGAACACGGGUGACCUGCUUCUGCCAGAUGUUCCCGACGAUGGGAUCGAUGCGGACGGGAACUCCAUCCGCAGGGGCGCGUGACGGAAUGCGCCGUGACAGCUCGAGCGGUGGUGCAAAGUGGCCUCGGCUCAAGAACGCAAGGUGUGAAUGGCGUCGGGCGGUCAAAGAAGCGGAUGGCGAGCUAGCUGCCGCGGGACCGGCAUGUCACGGACGACGCUAUUCCACAGGAAGGCUGCGGUGGAAAUCCAAUCAUGUGAACAAACUUUGACGCAAGUGAAUUAGCGACGGAUGAACUUAAGAGGACAACAGAGAGCUGUGAGCAAACACGAGAGAGGCUCAUUCAAGA